AUUCAGUGUCCUCCACCCCUCUCUGCCAAUCCCUCCACUGGCCUCCACUCAGUGCCCUCCACCCCUCUCUGCCGAUCCCUCCUCUGGCCUCCAUUCAGUGUCUUCCGCCCCUCUCUGCCGAUCCCUCCCCUGGCCUCCAUUCAGUGUCCUCCACCCCUCUCUGCCGAUCCCUCCUCUGGCCUCCAUUCAGUGUCCUCCACCCCUCUCUGCCAAUCCCUCCACUGGCCUCCAUUCAGUGUCCUCCACCCCUCUCUGCCAAUCCCUCCACUGGCCUCCACUCAGUGCCCUCCACCCCUCUCUGCCGAUCCCUCCUCUGGCCUCCAUUCAGUGUCCUUCGCCCCUCUCUGCCGAUCCUUGCACUGGCCUCCAUUCAGUGUCCUCCACCCUCUCCCGAUCCCUCUCUGGCCUCCAUUCAUGUCCUCCACCCCUCUCUGCCAAUCCCUCCACUGGCCUCCAUUCAGUGUCCUCCACCCCUCUCUGCCAAUCCCUCCACUGGCCUCCAUUCAGUGUCCUCCACCCCCUCUGCCAAUCCCUCCACUGGCCUCCACUCAGUGUCCUCCACUCCCCUCUGCCAAUCCCUCCACUGGCCUCCAUUCAGUGUCCUCCACCCCUCUCAAACUCUUCACUACAACAUACAAAGCCACCCACAACUCUGCCCCAAGCUCCCUUAAACCAUCUUCCCUGCUCCUUCCAGACCUCCUGAUCUCUGGCUCCUUUAUAAAGCUGUCCUCCAGGACUUCUCCAGAGCUUCUCCCAUCCUCUGGAACUCUAUUCUCUCCUCCUACCUACCUCCCGAUCUCCUCUCUGUUCUAUCCUCCUACCUACCUCCCAAUCUUCUCUCUGUUCUAUCCUCCUACCUACCUCCCGAUCUCCUCUCUGUUCUGUCCUCCUACCUACCUCCCGAUCUCCUCUCUGUUCUAUCCUCCUACCUACCUCCCGAUCUCCUCUCUGUUCUGUCCUCCUACCUACCUCCCGAUCUCCUAUCUGUUCUGUCCUCCUACCUACCUCCCGAUCUCC